GAAAAAGAAAUAAGGAUUGUCAUCCUGACAAUGAGUUCAACAGGAUCAACGAAAGGUGGCAGAGGCAAGCCCAAGUCCUCAAAAUCCGUGUCCAGAUCUCAGAAGGCCGGUCUCCAGUUUCCUGUCGGCCGUAUUGCUCGUUUCCUUAAAGCUGGAAAGUACGCCGAUCGUGUCGGUGCCGGUGCUCCCGUCUACUUGUCGGCCGUUCUUGAAUACCUUGCCGCUGAGGUUCUCGAGCUUGCUGGUAAUGCUGCAAGGGAUAACAAGAAGAAUCGUAUUGUCCCGAGGCACAUUCAACUUGCUGUGAGGAAUGAUGAGGAAUUGAGCAAGCUUUUGGGCACUGUCACCAUUGCAAAUGGAGGUGUUUUACCGAACAUUCAUCAGACUUUGCUACCCAAAAAGACGGGGAAAGGAAGAGACGAUGUUGGUGCUUCACAAGAAUUUUAAAGUGUUAAUGGUUUUGAAUUCUAAUAUGGUAAAUUGUAGGAUCAAUUGUAUCUUUAUUGCAAAGUUUUGAUCGGUUUGAUUACUAUAAACCCUGAUUUUGGGUAUUUUUUGGCCUCAAUUUUGCUGAAACAAUAACUUUGUUAUGUGAUGUUGCUAUUCAUACCAUCAAUGAAAUGAAAAGCUUACGAAGUUUUGUGUUUUCGGUUA